AUGGCCAACCCUGGGCAGCCUCAGUUUCCUCCAGCACAGGAGCUGGGCUCUGCCGCCUCACCCCUGGAUCUGCCCGAGAUGGAGAAACUCCUCACUAAGGUGGAGGUCAAGGAUGACAAGCCCCUGAAGCUGUCCAAGUCCCUCUCUGGGUCUCUGGAUCUGGAGCAGAAUGGCCAUGGCCUGCCCUUCAAGGUGGUAUCUGAGGGGCACCAGGACGCCCCACUUUCCCGCUCACUCUCUCGGGUCAGCUCGAGGCGGGCAUCCUCCAUUGUCUCUGUCUCUGAUGCCCAGGACCGAGAAGUUCCCAAAGAUUACCUCAUCCUUGCCAUUGCCUCUUGCUUCUGCCCUGUCUGGCCCCUCAACCUCAUCCCCCUCAUCUUUUCUAUCAUGUCUCGGAGCAGCGUGCAGCAAGGGGACCUGGAUGGAGCCCGGAGGCUGGGCCGCCUGGCCCGGCUGCUCAGCAUCACCUUCAUCAUCAUGGGGAUCAUCAUCAUUGUCGUGGCUGUGACUGUCAACGUUAUAGUUCAGGAGAAAUAAAACUACAGGGUGCUGGGCUCACUGAGGCAGGCCCUGGCCCGCUGGAGGGAGCGCGCCAAACCCACACACCCCACAUUCCACAGGAGGAUAGGAUGGUGACUGCCACGUGCCCACCUGUCCCCGAGCUCCAAAAGCACAGACUCAGAGGGGAACCCCCCAAGUCACUCCACCGUCAGCCCACAGCAGAUGGGAAAAGCUAGGACAAGGAAGGAAGGAAGAGAGGAAGGAAGGAAAGAAAGAUUAAAUUUACUGUGAAACCAAUGAAUAAUGUCCGUC